AUGGAAAUCAACCCAGUAGGACAGGUACCAGUUCUAAUCAAUAAUCGUUUUGUCAUAACAGACAGCGGUGCUAUUUGUGAAUAUUUAGAAGAAACCUAUAAUGACACUACUCGAUUAUUUGGCUCAUCUAUUAUUAUAAAAUCUAAAGUACGAGCUCUAAUUAAUUGGUUCGAUAAUAAAUUUUAUAAUGAAGUCACUAAGUAUAUCAUUAAUGAAAGGAUAAUUCUUGACCGCAAUCCUGACUCUAGAUUCCUUCAUGCAGCCAGACAUAAUUUAACUUACCAUAUAGAAUAUAUUGAAUACUUAAUUAAUAAAAAUGUUUGGCUUGUAACUGAUAAAUUUACUUUAGCUGAUAUUACUUUAGCAUCACACAUUUCUGUUAUAGAUUAUGCAGGUAGUUUUCCAUGGGAAAAGAGUAAAAUUAUAAAGGAGUGGUACUCCAUUGUUAAAUCCAUGCCUUGCUUCCGUGAAACAUUAUCAGAUAGAGUGCCAGGAUUAACCCCUCCUCAACAUUAUACUGAACUUGAUUUUUAA